AUUGUGUGUUAGCAGGAGCAAGUGGAACGCAUACUAUCUGUGUAUGUACUAUCCAUCAAAACUUUAAGUUGAUGAUGCUUGGUGCAAAUGUUCAUUCUUUAACGAGGAAUACAGAAAAGUCGUUGAAACACUAUAAUGAUUGCUUGGACAUGAUAAUAUGUGAGACUCCAACAGAAAAAUGUUAUUUGGGUGGAUGUAACAAGUGUCCAGGGGUAGAUGAGUUGAGUAACAUUUUACUGACAUGUUUUGAGAAUCAGGAAAUCGAGAAUGUCACGUACAAGCGUUGGGUAUCAAAACCAAGGUGCAGUUUAGAAACUUUUAUACAGCCUACAGAAGAAUUUAUUGAAAACCUUUGUAGUGAAUUGAAAGUUCUUCUAGCUCACUCAUUCAUUGCAAAAGAACAAGCUAAGUUUUUAAAAACAUUAAAGGAAACACUAAAACCAAAUGAAUAUGUCAUUAUUUGUGAUUUUGCAGAGAAUUAUGCGUUCGUAGUACAAAAUGCAGCAUCUGGUUUUCACUGGAAUAAUGAUCAGGCGACAGUUUUUCCGGUAGUUAUUUAUUAUAAAGUAAAUGACAAACUUGAACACAGAAGUUUAGUGAUUAUUUCAGACUGUAAUAAUCACGAUGCUGUUGCUGUUCAUGUUUUCAUCAAAAUAAUAACUGAUUAUGUGAAAAGUCUUCCUGAACGCUGUAACAAGAUUUAUUACUUUUCUGAUGGGGCUCCUCAACAGUUUAAAAACUUUAAAAAUUUUGUUAAUUUGUACUACCAUGAAGAUGAUUUUGAUAUUCCUGCUGAAUGGCAUUUUUUUGCAACUGCCCAUGGCAAAGGUCCGUGUGAUGGAAUUGGUGGUAUCCUCAAACGACUUGCAGCAAGAGCAAGUCUCCAGCUUGCGGUAGAUAACCAAAUAACAACACCUAUAGGAAUUUACGAAUGGACUUCUGAUCCGGAUAACUUACCAAAUAUCAUAGUCAAGUUUUCUCCAGAAGAAGACUAUAAUACAGCAUUGAACGACUUGAAUGACAGAUUUACAAAAACGAAACCAAUUGUAGGAACUCAACAACUACAUUGUGUAAUCCCCGACAAAAAUGGUUGUUUGUAUGUAAAAAAAUUCUCAAACUCUAAUGAACAUAGAAUUUGUAAAAUAUUGAAACGCCAGAGAGAACAUUAAUGAUUAAAUUAUUAUAUUGUUUUUGUAAAAUCAUUAAAAAUUAACAAUAUUAAUUAAUAAGCUUAGUAUUUACUAUCGUUUUAUAAGCUUAUAAAUUAAGGAUAUUA